CAUUCCAUAUUUUGUAUUUACCAGAAGUAUAUAUGUAUGUAUGUGAGUGUUUGUCGGGGGCACGAGCGCAGUGUGCUGUGAUGUGCUCGCGCUGAUCUGCUCGCGCUGAUCCACACUACAGCAGAGGCGCACAAUAGAGAGAGCGAACAAAAGACACGUUUAUCCGCGGAUGCGCUUCUCUCUUCCAGUUCAGCCGAGUGUUUGGAAUCACACGCUCCUGGAAUAUCGACCCUCUGGGUCACAGACGAGGGUUUUCCAGACGGGAAGAGUGAUCUCGAGGAGAAACCGAGCAGAAGCUGGACUCCUCGUCCCUCGUGGAUGUGAUGAUGAUGAAGAUGGUGGUGGUUUAAGAGAGUCGCUCGGGUGAACCUGAGAAAGGAGGCUGAUAGGAGCAGGACAGUCGAGCGGAGAAACAAGGAAGCGAUCUCUCUCCCCCUCUCUCUCUCUCUCUCUCUCUCGCAGGAAACAUCAAUCUAAUGCUCGAUCUAGGAGAAUGCGUCUCCACGCGAGCAGCUGAAUGCGGAGGGGAUGUCUGGCAGUAAGGCUCUGGGGGGUGCGCGGCGGCGGAGGACACGGUGCCGGCGCUGUCAGGCCUGCAUGCGGACCGAGUGUGGAGAGUGUCACUUCUGCAAGGACAUGAAGAAGUUCGGCGGGCCGGGCCGGAUGAAGCAGUCCUGUCUGCUCCGCCAGUGCACUGCGCCCGUGUUGCCGCACACAGCCGUGUGUUUGGCGUGUGGUGAAGCAGGGAAGGAGGACACGGUGGAGUCGGAGGAGGAGAAGUUCAGCCUGUCGCUCAUGGAGUGCACCAUCUGUAACGAGAUCAUCCACCCCAGCUGUCUGAAGAUGGCCAGCUCUGAAGGCAUCAUCAAUGAUGAGAUCCCAAACUGCUGGGAAUGUCCAAAGUGCCACAAGGAGGGAAAGACCAGCAAGGAUCCAGGAGAUGGUUCAGGGAAGAGGCGCUUGGACAAUGGGGAGGUGAGCCGCUGGAAGCUGACGGAUGAGCCUCCUCCCAGUAAGAAGAAGAGCCUUCCUCUGGAGGACACGGCCCGGACGGACGGAGCCAAGCGCAGGAGGGACAGGGAGCUUCCUCAGGAGACCGCUGCCAAGAAGAAGAUCAAAGGAGCCCGUGAUAAACACCUGAAGAAGAAAACCAAACCCAACUCGUCGGACUCCUCUGAAGCGAACGGGCCGAACUCUUCGUCGGGCGGCGGACACGGCUCCGGCUCCGGCUCAGUGCAGGCCUUGACGCCAAGCCAGGACCAGCGCUCGCAUCACCGUGAGAAACUGGAGCGCUUCAAGCGCAUGUGCCAGCUCCUGGAGCGAGUGCGUGACUCCAGCUCCUCAUCCUCCUCCAGCUCAGAGACUGACUCUGAGUCGGACUCGGACUCUCCGUCCCCUGCGGGCGCCUCAGAGCCGUCCUCUCCGGCGUACGGCAGCGGCACGCGCGAGCGUGAGCGGAGCCGGCGUCUGGCCGAGCUGGGCUUCAGUGCCAGCGAGGAGUCCGAGGGCGAGAGCGUGGCGGCGCAGGAGCAGGAGGACGAGCAGCAGACGCAGCGCCGCAGGGGAGACACCAGCACGAGGCAGCGGAGGACGCUCGCCGAGGCUGAGCCGGACGAUGAUGAGGAAGGCUCGGGCGACCGCGCUCACAAAGCCCUGGCCCCGUCCUCACCACUCUCGGCUACGCAGCCGCCGAGCUAUGGACACUUAGCGGGCCCCGAGGGCCUGUCCUCGUCCAAGCGCACUAACGGACAAGACGCACGCAACGGCCGCACGAGAGUGGGCGGCAGGGAGCUGCAGGAGAAGGAGAACUCCAACACCAGCAGCGUCUCCAAUCACCGGCACGCCGCUGGGAAAGCCGUCCGCGGGAGCAGGGUCCGUGGAGCAGGCCGGCAGUGCCAGAGCGCACCCUGGAACAAGAGCACAGCGGCGGCCGGAUCCGGCGCAGCCAAUGGCGGCUCUCACCCGGGGAGCGUCUCGCUGGCACCGCCGCGCUCACAGCUGCUGAAGAGGAGCGCUGUGGCCGUGCCCUCUCCGCCGCGCCCGCUGCAGAUGGAGCGACACCUGGUGCGCCCCCCGCCGGCCUGCCCUGAGCCCCACUGCCUGCCGCUGGACAGCGGAGCCUCACACGUGCUGCCCCGGGACGUCUGGCUCCGCGUCUUCCAGCACCUCAGCCAGCGCCAGCUAUGCGUCUGCAUGCGCGUGUGCCGCACCUGGAGCCGCUGGUGCUGUGAUAAGAGGUUAUGGACUCAGAUCGAUCUGAGCCGCCAGCGCUCCAUCACUCCUCCCAUGCUGAGCAGUAUAAUCCGUCGACAGCCUGUCUCUCUCAACCUGGGCUACACCAACAUCUCCAAGAAACAGCUCAUGUGGCUCAUAAACCGUCUGCAAGGUCUGCUGGAGCUGAAUGUGGCGGGCUGCUCGUGGGCCUCGGUCUCGGCGCUCUGUCAGUCUGUGUGUCCCUGUCUGCGGCUGCUGGACCUCAGCUGGGUAGAGGAUCUGAAGGAUUCGCAUCUGAGGGAGCUGCUGGCCCCGCCGACCAACGACACACGCUCAGCUCACGGAGAGAACCGCGGCGGACGCUUCCAGAACGUGACAGAGCUGCGUCUGGUGGGCCUGGAGGUGACUGACGCCGUGUCGCGCCUGCUAGUGCGCUAUCUUCCUCACCUGAGCAAGCUGGACCUCAGUCAGUGCUGCCACAUCACAGACCAGAGCAUCCAGACGCUGACCUCUGCCCUGUCCCCGCUGCGAGAGAGCCUCACACACGUCAGCCUGGCAGGCUGUGUGAAGGUGACGGAGCAGUGUCUGCCGCUGCUGCGCCGCUGUGCUUCACUGCAGACUGUGGACCUGCGCUCCUGCUGCCUCCUCGCUCCAGACGUCUCCCAGCUGCACUGCUUCCCCUCGGCCCAAGACAGACUCCUGGUCAAGAACAGCUAGACUCCUGCACAGGACCUUCGGACAUCACAGACACUUAUUAGUUCUGGAUCAACCAUUUGUGAAUGGAGAGAUCAAGUCCACAUAGAUAUCCCGUACCAGUAAUGAGUGUGUGUACAGAUUGGUAGUUCUCCUGACCCCGGCCGGCACUGCUCCUGUCCUGCUGGGAACACUGGCUCUGUCCCGAUGCAGAAUGUAUCCUACUGUGGAAAGCUUGUCUCAAAGACAGCCAUAUUAGUGUGCUUGGGUGGAUCUCACCCCAAAAUCAAAACACAUUUUAUCUGUUUUUUACAUUAAUAAUAAUAAUAAUAAUA